AUGAACUUAGAUUCCAAAGAAGAUUUGCUGGAGAGCAAUGACGCUUUAAAAUUCCAAUACAAGAAAUCAUCCUUUGAGAAACAAAAAAGUCGCAUUUUUAAGCUAUUUGGAAAAAUUUUAAAAGCAAAAUACAAUUCAAGCUACAAGUUAAAGUCUCAAAUAGCAAUAGAAGUCCUCCUCAAUGCUAUAAUUUCUCUUCAAUUAAUUGCUUUGGCUUGAUACCCAAAUAUGAGCAUUUCAGGAUGAAGUAGCUAUUCAAAGUUUUGGGACACAAUCAGCAUUUUUAACAUAAGCAAUUUUUGUGGCACCUAUGAGAUUACUGAUUACUGUUUUCAUGGGAUUGCCUCCAUUUUAUGCUUCUGCUUACUUCCCCCAUCCUUGAUCAAACGAUUGACUGUAAAAAAUUCCUAAAAAAUUGGGAAAAUUAACCCCUAUCCUUGAUCGAACGAUUUUCAUAUCAUGGAAAUUUCUAUAUAUAAGUAUCAAAAGCCUGGGAGAUGUGUCUAAUGAAGUUGUUGUCAGAGUCUUUAAGACGACAAAAAGCUACGGAAUAAACCAUCCGAAGUGCUUUGUCAUCAAUCUAGGCUUAAAAACUCAAUAAUCUAAAAAAUAGAGAUUCUUUAAAAUUUAAAAAUUUUUAAUUUAAUAAAAACAAAUUAAAAUUAUACAGUUUUAAAGGGGUAACCAAUAAGAAAAAUAUUAAAAAUUGGUAUUUUUUUAUAAAAUUAAUUCAAUUUUUUGCUGUAAAAAUAAUUAUUAAAUACUCUUAACCCUCUUAUUAAAAAAUAUAUAUAAAAAAAAAUAUAUUUUUUAUUUUAUAUAUAAAUUUUUUUUUCCCAAAAAAAUGUUUUUUUAACCCCCAUCCUUGAUCGAACGAUGGCGAGCCUUUCGAUCAAAGAUGGGGGGGAAGCUAGUAACAUUUUUAGGAAUGUUCUUUAUUGGAUAUACAAAGUAUGAAAUUCCAAGGAUUUUAUUUUGGGUAUUAAGAAACUUAUUGCUAUUUUGUGUUACAGUCUUGUAUAUACCUUCAUUAAUUGAGCUUACAUUGGGUUUUAAAUAUUCCACUUUUAGCUAUGAGAAAAUUGGUGAAUAUCCAAGCAAUAAAAAUUCCGAAAUUCUAAAUAAAGGGUCCAUGGGAACUAUAAUGGGUAUCAUUUUGAUACCAUUUUUGGUAUUUAUAGCUUAUUUUUGAGAACUAUUCACGACAGAUACAAAGCAUAUCCUCUGAGAUAAGGAUUUAAAUGCAAGGUCACACUCAGCAGUUGAUUUAAAAUUUCUAGCGUUCAAGACCUUAUUCAGUAUCUGCUAUAUAUUAAUUGGGAAUGACAAUAUUGUUACAUAUCAGAUGAUUUUCAUGGUUUUUUCUUUCUGAAUAUUUUUAGAAUAUUUGAUGAAAUUGCCAUAUUAUAAUAUUAUUGAAAACUCAAUAAAAUCUUGUAAGCUGCUAUUAGUAUCUGUAUCAUUAUUAGCAGUUUUAUUAGGAACUAUGAUAGAUAAUGCAGGAAUUAUUUGUAUGCUUACUCCCCCCUCCGUGAGUGAACAAAAAAAUUUUGUUCGGGUUAAUGUUUUUUCGAAAUUUAAAAAAAAACUCACUUCUAUAAAAUUGGAAAGCAAAUAUUAAUUUAAUUUGUAAAAAUUUAUGUUCUAAAACACAAUCUGUUUAAAAUUAAAUAGAAUUAGCUCGAGAUUUCAUUAUACUAAUUAUCACUUAUAUACCACAAUUUUUUCACUCAGGAGGAUGGGGUUUUUUGGGGAAAAAAUAGGAUUUUUCCAAUGGUUUUGUUCGCUCACGGAAGGGGGAGCUAGCUUUUUUGUGCAGCCUGUGAUGAUUAUAAUUAAUUGCUGUAUUAUAUAUACUAACUCCCCCCCUCCGUGAGUGAACAAAAAAAAUUUUGUUCACUUACGGAGGGGGAUUAAAUUUUUUUUUUAAAAAAAUUUAUAUAUAAAUUUUAUAAAAAAUUUUUUUUUUCAAAAUUUAAAAAAAUCCUAAUUCGCAAAAAUUGGAAAUCAAAUAUUAAUUUAACUUAUAAAAUUUAUGUUUUAAAAAGCAAUUCGUUUAAAAUUUAUGUUUUAAAAAGCAAUUCGUUUAAAAUUAAACAGAAUUAGCUCUAGAUUUCAUUAUAAUAAUUAUCAUUUAUAUAUCAAAUUUUUUUUCCAUAAAAAAUUUUUCUAUUAAAAAAUUUUUGUUCACUCACGGAGGGUGGGUUUUUGGGCAAAAAAUAGCGAUUUUUCUAAUGGUUUUGUUCACUCACGGAGGGGGGAGUAAAUAUAAUUACUUGAAAAAAUCUCCUGUAAGCUUUCAGAAUCAACUCUAUUUUGAAAGAACAAUUAGACACCUGCUAUGUAGUAAAAAUUUGGAAAAUAAAUUUGAAAUAAUUGAUUAUUUUACUGCAUGCUACACUAAUAAAAGGCUAAUUAAAGAUAAACUAAUUGUGGUUUGGGAAGUCAACUAUUGUGUAUUUUCAAUGAAAAACGAAAGGCUAGGAAGAAUAAAGUUAGCAAAAGCAAGCUCGAUAAUUCCUACAGUUGAAGGGGAUAUACAAGAAUGAAUCGCUAAUAAAAUUAUUGAUAAAAGGGACAAAUCUUCAAUAGACUCUCAUUAUAUAGAAUACUUAGAAAACCUUCAUAGAGUAAAACACCAAGAUGAAGAAAUUUGCUAUGAAUUAAUUGAUCUGUGAUCAGAACUCUGAGAAAAAAAUCCAAAAUAUGAUAAAUUAUUUAAAUUUGCAACCAGAAGUGCCGAACUUUUGACUAUCCUUAAAGAAUUAUAUGCAAAGCUUAUUAAAAAGCAUAAGCAUUUAGAGCUUUUUGAUCUUUAUGUUUCGUUCCUAGAAAGCAUAUUAGGGGAAAUUGGUCAGGCGAAUGUUAUAAAUAGAUUUAAAAGCAGCCUAAACCAUCAAUGAGAUUUCACAACCGGAGAUGAAUCUAAAGUAGCCUCAUUAGAAGAAAGCUUACUCCCCCGAGUGAACAAAAAUUUUGUUGACUCACGGUUAAUUUUUUUUCGAAAUUUUAAAACAAUACUAAUUUUCAAAAAUUGGAAAGCAAAUAUUAAUUUUAUUUAUAAAAUUUAUGUUUUAAAGCGCAAUUUUGUUAAAAUUAAAACAAAAUUAACUCGAGAUUUCAUUAUAAUAGUUAUCACUUAUAUAUCAAUUCAUUUUUUCAUAAAAAAUUUUUUUUCUAUUAAAACAAUUUUUGUUUAUCACGUAAGGUGGUUUUUUGGGCAAAAAAUAGCGAUUUUUCAAAUGUUUUUGUUCACUCACGGGGGGGAGCUAGGCAUUAUUCUUAUAUCAGCUAACGAAAGCUCAUUUGGAUUAAUUGCACAAAUCAACGCAAGAGCUUGCCAAAUGCUAAAAGGAACUGCUUCGGACCUAAUUGGCACUCAUUUGUCUUACUAUAUUCCUUAUCCUUAUCUUACCGACCAUGAUGAUUAUAUGAGACAGUUUUAUACCAAUUAUUCUUUGGAAGAAAUAACUCAUAUGGGCUGAUUUUUCUUAAAAAAUGCUCGAGGAUUUCUAAUUGAAUGUGGAAUCUUAAUAAAAUUAUCUGCUUUUCAUAGCAAUGCUUAUUUUUUAGUGUCUUUAGCACCAAGAAAUUCAAGCCGGCAACUAGCACUUAUAUCAGAAAAUGGCAUAAUUCAGAACUAUACAGAGCUCUUCCCUCAUUAUAUAGGGACAGAUAUUUAUAAUAUUAGGGGCUAUUGCAUAUCAGAGUUUAUCCCUGGCUUAGAAAUAUCAGAAAUGGAGCUUUUCGAGCCAUUUAUCAUUGAAAAUAGUGGAAGGGAAAUUGCUAUUAUUCAUAUAAUAAAGCAAUUAAGAACAACAACUAUUCAUAUGCUUGUCGUUUCUCAUACUGAAAAAGAAAUCCAAUCGUGAAAGAAUAGGCAGGAAAUUGAUCAAAUUGAAUAUUUAAAGAAAAUUCAACUGUUUAACUAUGAAGAGGAAGAAAAAUUAAGCAGCGGCAUAGCAAUAAAUCACUCACUCCCCCAUUAAGUUGGAACUAAAAAUUUUGCUCCAAUUUAAAGGGGGGUAAGAAAAAUUAUUUUAUAAACAAAAUCAAUAUAAAAUUUUUUAUAAAAAAAAUAAAUUUCAAAAAUUUAUCAAAUUAGAUUAAUGAAUUUGUUUAAUAAAAUGCUAUUAACUCUUUUUCCUUUAAAACAAAGCAAGAUAUAACUAAAUUUUCAUUAUUAGUUAAUACGCUACUAUUAAUUGACAUCAAAACUAUUUACACAAAAAAUUAUUAUUUUUAUUGAUAAAAAACAAAUUAAAAAAAAAAAAUUUUAGAAAAUUUAUUGAUCAAAGUGCUAAUUUUGUUUAAAUAAGAUGCCAUUUAUACUCUAUUCUUUAAAAUAAAAUAAGAAAUAAGUAAAUUUUUAAUUUUUGUAAAGAAUUCGCAUGUAAUUUAUAUCAAAAUUAUAAAAAAUAUUAUUUUUAUCUAAAAAAUAGAAAUGUUUUAAAAAGUUCAAAACAAAAAUUUUUAAAUUUUUUUUUAAAAUUUUGCAAUUAAAGAUAAUAAAUUUAUUUAAAUAAGAUGCUCUUUAUACUCUCUUCUUUAAGCAAGAGCAAGAUAUAACUAAAUUUUUAAUUUUAUUUAAGAAGAAACAUUUAACUUAUAUGAAAACCUUUUGCGUAAAAAUUGUGAUUUUUAUCCAUAAAAUUUUUUAUUAUAAAAUUGAUUUUGUUCCAAUUAAAAGGGGGUUAAUUACCAAAAAAAUGGAAAUUUUAUCUAUAUUUUGUUCCAAUUUAAAGGGGGGGGAGUCAGAAAUAGAUAUAAGUGUAAAAUUUCAGAAAACACCGUCUUUUACUUCAAUAGUCCAUGCUGAAAGCAAUAUAUUCCUAAACGAAUCUCCAAGUGAAAACUUUACAUUAAUAGAAAACAAUGAAGGAAAGCUAGCGCAAAACAUGCUAAGCGGCAGCUUAUCAAACGUAUCAACGUCAAAUUUUUAUUCAUCAGUUUCAUAUAAAUGCAUUGAAACUUUAUCCAGAAACCUGAAACACUACCAAUGAAUUUUAGUAUUUUGUGUAAUCCUUAUAUAGAUAAUGGCAGUAAUUGGCACAAAUAUAGCAAUUUUAGGCUAUAUAUACCAAGAUGCUAAUCAUACAAACAGCCUUAAUGUUUUUUCUCAUUUUGGCAAUUUAAUGUUUUAUUUGGUAGAUUCUGCUGAUCUAGCUAGAAGCUUAGACAGCGAGAUACGAAAUGGGAUAUAUAACCUAACAAGAGACCGAGCUCGAUUUAAUUCUACUAUCAAUGAGCUUAAAAAGCUAACUCCCCCCCCCCCCCUCCGUGAGCGAACAAAAAAAUUUUGUUCGCUCACGGAGGGGGGUUAAUUUUUUUUUUUUAAAAAAAAUUUAUAUAUAAAUUUUAUAAAAAAUAUUUUUUUCGAAAUUUAAAAAAAUCCUAAUUUGCAAAAAUUGGGAAGCAAAUAUUAAUUUAAUUUGCAAAAUUUAUGUUUUAAAACGCAAUUUGUUUAAAAUUAAACAGAAUUAGCUCUAGAUUUCAUUAUACUAAUUAUCACUUAUAUAUCAAAAUUUUUUUCCAUUAAAAUUUUUUCUAUUAAAAAAAUUUUUGUUCACUCACGGAGGGUGGGUUUUUGGUCAAAAAAUGGCGAUUUUUCUAAUGGUUUUGUUCGCUCACGGAGGGGGGGGGGGGAGUAAGGGAGUUUAUUUUAUCUGACUAUGAGGAUUGAAGAUAUUGCUCAAGCUCAGACUUGAUAAUAGACAAUUUGAUCCCUGUAUGAACUUCUAGUCAAAUAAAAAAAUACAAUUUUUACGAUGAAGUUGAUAUAUUUAUUCAACAUGGUGAAAGCUUAUUAGAUAUGAUCGAUAGUGGAAGUGCAUACUCUACUGAUGAAGCGAAAUUUUUUGGACUAAAUAGCUUUGGGUAUACAUAUGAAUUUACUCAUCAAGCAAUGCUUAAUUUGAGAGAUUGCGAAGUUGAUAGAGUAAAAGGGCUUGGAAGGUAUAUAACUGCAUGGAUAUUUAUAGGCACUGCUCUAUUAGGAAUAUUCAUAGGAGUAUUAAUAGUGUAUGUGAUUUAUAUGAAUCAUAACUAUGAUAAAUUUUGGGAAUUUUUUAAAAAAAAUCUACAAGUUUCUUAUAUAGAUCUAAGAAUUGUUUGCGUUGAAAGGCUUUGAAAAAUACAUGGAAUUGACUACAAGAGAGAUUACUUUGAAGAGGGAUCUGAAAGCAAAGAUGCAAAAGCAAUCAAAUCAAAAAUGUAUGUUCGAUAUAUUUUAAGGCUUUCUAUAUUUUUAAUUAUUGCUUUAACCUAUUAUCUAUACAUUAAAUGGUGUGGUGAACCAAACAACACUCUUAACGUGAGCUGGCACUUCUCAGGCGCGUAGGAAAGGAAGGAUAGUAUUCGUGAAUGCAUCUCGGCCAGAUUUUUUCCUCUUUUGGAAAAGAAAUAUCGGGUUAGCCGACAGCAAGCUUUUCCAGAUCCAGGAUUUUGGCUUAGAGGGAUUGGGGUAUGAAAGUUGGAAAGUGGUCUCCCACAGAGCUAGCCGUAUGCAUUUGAACAAUUGGGACUAUUACCUAACACCAACCAGAAGUUACGCCCUUGACUUUGGAUUUCCAUUUUGGUUGAGAGUCAACUAGAAAUUCAACGAUUUGAAUUUUACAUAGUGGGCAACCUUGGCUGAUGUACUGUGUGGCGACGCGACGUACCCAACUAUCGGAGAGCGAGUGCACGCCCUAGUCUGACAGGAAAAACUUUUGUGAGGUCAUGCAAGAACUGUAAAUUAGGUAAGGGAGCGUUACGGAUGAAGAUAGUCAUUAGAAUUACUGCUGGCUUCUCAAUAAGUAUUAAUAAUAUGAUAUAACUUAACCUAUUAUAUUAUCUUGAAAUAUUAUUUGUACGACCAAUGCGAAAGUUUUCUCAUAAAUAGACCAAAUCUGCUAAUAGAUCUCAUAUCAAAAAGAACAUUAUUAUCUCGUAUGAGUGUGUUUGCAAGAGAUAUUUCAUCUACAAGCAAUAUAAAAUGGUUUCCAAAUACAUAUGGAGUUGCCAAUUCGAAUUUAGAAUUUACUGUAAGUAAUGAAAAAUUUAAAGCUGCCAAUUCACAACUUAGAAACACAAAUUUUUUAAGGUUAAUUCAAAAUGAUAUGAAAGCUCAAAUAUUUGAAGGCUUAGAUACCACCGACCCAUAUUUAAGGCAAGGAACGUAUGCAGCUUCUAAUAUUGCAUAUAUAGAUGCAAAAUUUGCUUCGAAUCCUAUAGAUAUAAAAGACAUCGUAUCUUCACACAACGACUAUUUCAUAACGACUUGUUUUUUUGGCCUAUUUUUUUCACCUAUUUUUUUUUCACCUAUUUUUUUUUGCCUAUUUUUCUUGGCCUAUUUUUCUUGGCCUUUUUUUUUUUGUCCUAUUUUUUUUUAGCCUAUGUUUUUUUGCCUAUUUUUUUUAAGCCUAUUUUUUUUGGCCUAAUUUUUUAGCCUUUUUUUUGGCAAUUUUUUAGCUAUUUUUUAUAAUAUUUGGGCCUAAUACCAUACUAAUUAUUUUAAUAUAAUUUUUAAUGUAUUUUAAACGAUUUUACCAACAAAAAAAUUCACCCUUAAUAGACCUCUUACUCGAUGAAUACUAAUUCAUUGCUUUUUAAAUUUCGAGAAUUUAGAUUUAAUUAGGAGAUAUCCACUUAAUUUACUCAAUAUUAAUCGCGUAAAGAAAUGUUUCCGUUUUUCAAUAAAGUUUUAGUUCUCUCAGCAGCUUCAUGAAUAAGCAGGGGCAAAAAAAACCAAAAAAAAAUAGGUGAAAAAAAAUAGGCUAAAAAAAAAUAGGCCAAAAAAAAAUAGGCCAAAAAAAUAGGUGAGAAAAAAUAGGCCAAAAAAAAAAUAGGUCAAAAAAAUAGGUCAAAAAAAAAGAGUCGUUAUGAAAUAGGCGUCGUGUGAAGUAACCAAAAGACAUUAUUAUAUUGGAAAACUACAUAUCAAUUGAAGUAGCUCUUCAAAGCUCUUUGGGAGUUGAAUACGAUGCUAUUGAUCAUGGCUCAAAACAAAUCAUAAACCAUGAAUUAAAUUUAAUUAUAUAUGUGACCGUAGCUUUCUCAUUAGCUUUAGUAUUGGUUUUUACAUUUUUUUACCUUCCUUUUAUUUUUAAUGAAAAAAAAUCGCUGAUAAAGCUUAAAGUUCUGAUGUCAAUUGUACCAAAUUCCAAGCUGGACUCAAAGGCUGAACUUAUAAAAUAA